GUUGCCAUGGCUGCAGAAGCUCCGAUAAGUACUGCACACGUUUUUGAUGAAAACAAUCUGUUUAGAGAAACUGUUGAAUUUAUUGCACAAUGGGCGCAUUAGCAGAGCUUGCCGGUGAUGAGAAAAAUGGCGAUGGCUCCCGCACAUUUGUUUUUAUUAACGAGGGCCACACGCUAGGCAAUGCACUGAAAACAAUUAUAGCUCGCUAUCCGGAGGUCGAUUUCUGCGGCUAUACGAUACCACAUCCCACCGAGCAGAAGCUACAUUUCCGCAUACAGUCGCAUCGAGAGCGUGCGAUAGAUCUGCUCAAGCGGGGGCUGGAGGAUCUGGAGGCGCUGUGCGAUCAUACAAUAGAAACAUUUGAGAAAGAGAUGAAUACGUUUAAUGCCACAGUUGUAGAGAUAAAUUAAUAUAUUAUACGUAUACAUAUAUGCUAGCCUAUGGAAA